AUGCCUGCCACUGUCUCUGUCCUUUACCCCAACGAGGCCGAUGCCAAGUACAACAUCGAUUACUACGUCGAGAGCCACAUGCCCAUGGCCGCUGCCACAUGGAAGUCCGCCGGCGUCAAGUCCUGGAAGGUCACCAAGUACUCGGCGUCCCCCGACGGAAAGCAGCCCAAGUACGCCUUCGCCGGCAUUCUCACCUUCGACAGCGUUGAGAGCAUUCACAAGGCGCUCGCUUCACCCGACACGGCCAAGGUCAUGCAGGACGUCCCCAACUACAGCAACAAGGAGCCUGUUUUCUUGAUCGGCGAGGACGCGAAGGAGGCUACUCUUUGA